CUGGAUUAUUUUCAUUUCAGUUCAGUUUCAGUUUCAGAUUAUUUUAUUUUGCACGAUUUGCCGGUGCCCUAAUCUUUUUAUUUUUUCUAAUAAAAUAGGUUGUAUUUGCUGCACAACACAGCGGUUCCUAAAUAAGUGAAGAUGCCGCACUUCAGAAUUGAAACCAAUUUGUCGAAGUCGAAAGUCCCUCAGGAUUUUGUUACAAAAGCAAUACCGGUCCUCGCAAAGGCACUAGGAAAACCUGAAGCUUACUGUGUGGUAUCUGUAAUACCAGAUACUAUCAUGAGUUUCGGAGGGUCCACAGAGCCAUGUGCCAUAGCUAAUCUCAUGUCGAUAGGAUCUCUCGGCGUUGAACAAAACAAGAAACAUGCCAAAGCACUUUUUGAACUUGUGGAAAAAGAACUAGGAAUAUCCAAUGACAGGAUGUACAUAACGUUCCAGGACGAGCCCACUGGUAAUGUCGGCUUCAAGGGAACCACAUUCCACUCCAUCUUUGGAUAAGCUUUCUUUCAAAAAGUGCCAAUUGGUAGUGAUAUUGCAAAAUGUCACAUGUUGCAAGCUCAUGCUGUCGGCGGCCAAAUUAGCACCUUUCCUUUUUGAUAAGUUGUGUUUUUUAAAUUGUACCUAUACUUAAUCAAUAAUCUUUAUCACAUAAUGUGAUAUGGCAAUAUUUUAUGAGUCCAAUAAUACAUUUUGGAACUGAGAAAUAGUUAUGAGUUGAAUUAGAAUUGGUGUCAUUCAUGUCUUAUAAUCUAUCAUUUUUUUACAAAUUCUAUUCUUAGUCGCUAAGCAAGAUUUGUUCUUUUUUAUAUAAGUACAGAAUUGAUGACUGGCUAGUAAUGUAUCUAGUUAGGUAUUAGGCAAAAAUCUAUUUUUAUACUUACACACAUUACACAGACUUAUGUAAUUUGUAGUUCCUGUAUGCAUUUUAUUAGAAAAUAAAGAAAUAUUAUAGUU